UGCCGCCAAGCGCGGCUGUCGCGCUGCCCCGGUGUCAGCGGAGAUGGCGGCAGGGUCGGGUGGGAGUGGGGGCUCUGGGGGAGGCCCUGGACCGGGGCCGGGCGGGGGUGGCGGCCCCAGCGGGAGCGGCUCAGGACCGGGGUCCAACGGGGGUCUGGGCAGCGGCGGGGAACUGCACCCGCGCACUGGGCGCUUGGUGAGCCUGUCGGCCUGUGGGCGUACAGCGCGGCGGCAGCAGCCGGGCCAGGAGUUUAACCACGGGCUGGUGUUGAGCCGAGAACCCUUGCGCGAUGGACGCGUCUUCACCGUCCGCAUCGACCGCAAGGUCAACUCCUGGAGCGGCUCCAUUGAGAUUGGGGUGACAGCGCUGGACCCCAGUGUGCUGGACUUUCCAAGCAGUGCCACAGGGCUGAAGGGGGGCUCGUGGGUAGUGUCGGGCUGCUCUGUGCUGAGAGAUGGACGCUCUGUGUUGGAGGAGUAUGGUCAGGACCUGGACCAGCUUGGUGAAGGGGACCGCGUGGGCGUGGAGCGCACAGUUGCUGGGGAGCUUCGGCUCUGGGUGAAUGGGCGGGAUUGCGGUGUGGCUGCCACAGGCCUGCCCCCUCGUGUCUGGGCCGUUGUGGACCUUUAUGGCAAGUGCACCCAGAUCACCGUGCUACCCCCUGAGCCAGGCUUCAGCCCCCCUACUCCCAUCCCCACACCUCCCCUCGAGCCCUUGGCCCCCACUGAAGACUCUGCCAUGGCUGAACAGGGGACCUCUGCAGAUGAAGCCUUCAUGGUGUCCCCAGCGCAGGCCCGGCCGGAGACGUUUCCUAACAGCCUUGAGUCGCAUAAUGACUUUGCCAACAUGGAGCUGUCUGAGGUGGUGAGCAACACCAUCCUGUCUGCCUACAAUGGAGGGCUCCUGAAUGUGAACCUGAGCUCCCCACCGGCAGGGGAAGGCCUGGGAUCUAGCGGUGCUGCCACCUCGCCCAUUCUCACUUCCAACGAUGCCCUGCUCUUUCAUGAAAAGUGCGGGACCCUCAUCAAACUCAGCAACAAUAAUAAGACGGCUGAGCGCCGGCGGCCCCUGGAUGAAUUCAACAAUGGGGUUGUCAUGACCAAUCGCCCCCUUCGGGACAAUGAGAUGUUUGAGAUCCGUAUCGACAAGCUUGUUGAUAAGUGGUCAGGCUCCAUUGAGAUUGGGGUCACCACCCACAACCCCAACAGUUUGGAGUACCCAGCCACCAUGACCAACCUCCAGUCAGGCACCAUCAUGAUGAGCGGCUGUGGAAUCCUGACGAAUGGCAAGGGCACCCGCCGGGAGUACUGCGAAUUCAGUCUGGAUGAGUUGCAGGAGGGUGACCACAUUGGCCUCACAAGGAAGUCCAACUCUGCCCUACACUUCUUCAUUAAUGGUAUUGAUCAGGGAGUGGCAACCCCCUUGACGCCCCCAGUGGUGUAUGGUGUGGUGGACUUGUACGGGAUGGCAGUGAAGGUGACCAUCGUCCACAAUAACAACCACAGUGACCGUCUCCGCCGAAACAACGCCAUCCUGCGGGCGCUGUCCCCCGAGGGUGCUCUCCGCCGUGCUGCCCCUGCCGCCCAGGCAGAACCUGAGCGCCUGCUCUUCCACCCCAACUGUGGGCAGAAGGCAGCCAUCACCCACGAGGGACGCACUGCCCUGAGGCCCCAUGCCACCGAUGACUUCAAUCACGGCGUGGUGCUGAGCAGCAGAGCCCUGCGGGAUGGAGAGGUGUUCCAGGUGCGCAUCGACAAGAUGGUGGACAAAUGGGCUGGCUCCAUUGAAAUUGGUGUCACCACCCACAACCCUGCCUACCUCCAGUUGCCCUCCACCAUGACCAACUUGCGCUCUGGGACCUGGAUGAUGACUGGGAAUGGGGUGAUGCACAAUGGGACGACCAUCCUGGAUGAAUAUGGGCACAAUCUGGACCGCCUCAAGGCAGGGGACACGGUGGGCGUGGUACGGCGGGAGGACGGGACUCUCCACUUCUUUGUCAAUGGGAUGACUCAGGGCCCUGCUGCCUGGAACGUGCCCCCGGGCGUCUAUGCUGUCGUCGAUCUCUAUGGCCAGGCGGCCCAGGCCACCAUUGUGGACGACGUGGAGGUGGCUCCAGUUCCUGAACCACUUCCUGAGGGGAACAACCAGGUGUCUCCAAGCUCUCCGUCCUCAGGGGCCGGGGGCUCUGACCUGCGCUUCCAUCAGCUGCACGGCAGUAACGCAGUCAUCACUAAUGGGGGCCGCACCGCCCUCCGCCACAACUGUCGCAGCGAGUUUAAUGACGCCAUCGUCAUCUCCAACCGGGCCCUGCGGGAUGGAGAGCUGUUUGAAAUUGUCAUUCAGAAGAUGGUGGACCGCUGGUCAGGCUCCAUUGAGGCUGGAGUGACUGCUAUUCGGCCUGAAGACCUGGAAUUCCCCAACACCAUGACAGACAUUGACUAUGACACAUGGAUGCUGAGUGGUACAGCCAUCAUGCAAGACGGUAACACGAUGCGCAACAAUUAUGGGUGUGACCUGGAUGCGCUGGGCACAGGUGCACGCAUUGGCAUGAUGCGAACUGCCAAGGGCGACCUGCACUACUUCAUCAACGGCCAGGACCAAGGCGCUGCCUGCUCGGGCCUGCCUCCGGGUAAAGAGGUGUAUGCGGUAGUCGAUCUCUAUGGCCAGUGUGUCCAAGUGUCCAUCACCAAUGCUACCGGCCCCAUGGACAACAGCCUGGCGACCAGCAACACUGCCACCGAGAAGUCCUUCCCACUGCACUCCCCAGUGGCUGGCGUGGCUCACCGAUUCCACAGUACUUGCGGCAAGAACGUCACUCUAGAGGAGGAUGGCACGAGGGCAUUGCGUGCCGCUGGCUAUGCUCAUGGCCUUGUCUUCAGUACCAAGGAGCUGAGGGCUGAGGAAGUCUUUGAGGUGAAAGUGGAAGAGCUAGAUGAGAAGUGGGCAGGUUCCCUGCGGCUGGGGCUGACCACACUAGCACCGGGGGAGAUGGGACCCGGGGCAGGCGGUGGUGGCCCAGGGCUGCCUCCUUCCCUGCCAGAGCUCCGGACGAAGACCACUUGGAUGGUAUCCAGCUGUGAAGUGAGGCGUGAUGGGCAGCUCCAGAGGAUGAACUAUGGCCGGAAUCUAGAGAGGCUGGGGGUGGGGAGCCGUGUGGGUGUUCGUCGGGGGGCAGAUGACACGAUGCACAUCCUGGUGGAUGGAGAGGAUAUGGGGCCUGCAGCCACUGGCAUUGCCAAGAACGUGUGGGCUGUGUUGGAUCUCUACGGGCCAGUCCGCAGUGUGUCAAUUGUCAGUUCCACGAGACUGGAGGAGUCAGAAGGCACCCAGCCUCCUUCCCCCAGUUCAGACACCGGCAGUGAGGGCGAGGAGGAUGACGAGGGCGAGGAGCAUGGCCUGGGAGUAAGAGGCUGCAGCAUGGGCCAGAAUGAAGUGGGUAUUAUACCCACCACCCUCGAGUUCCUGGAGAACCAUGGGAAGAAUAUCCUUUUGUCUAAUGGGAACCGUACGGCCACACGGGUGGCCAGCUACAAUCAGGGCAUCGUUGUCAUCAACCAACCUCUGGUGCCCCAGCUGCUGGUCCAGGUGCGGAUAGAUUUCCUAAACCGACAGUGGACAUCUUCCCUUGUCCUGGGAGUCAUCACCUGCGCGCCUGAGAGGCUCAACUUCCCUGCUUCUGCCUGUGCCCUCAAACGGGCAGCCUGGCUGCUGCGGGGCCGUGGGGUCUUCCACAACGGUCUCAAGAUCUGCGAGAAGUUUGGGCCCAAUCUGGACACGUGCCCUGAAGGCACCAUCCUGGGACUGCGGCUGGACAGCUCUGGGGGGCUGCAUCUUCAUGUUAAUGGGGUGGACCAGGGGGUAGCUGUGCCAGAUGUGCCCCAGCCCUGCCACGCGCUUGUGGACCUCUAUGGGCAGUGUGAGCAGGUGACAAUCGUGAACCCUGAGCCAGGGGCUGCCAGUGGGAAAAGUGCUGGAACCCAAGGGGACAUGGAGAAAGCAGACAUGGUGGACGGUAUCAAAGAGAGUGUGUGCUGGGGUCCACCACCUGCCGCUAGUCCUCUGAAGAGCUGCGAGUACCAUGCCCUUUGCUCUCGCUUCCAAGAACUCCUGCUGCUUCCUGAAGAUUAUUUCAUGCCUCCGCCAAAGCGAAGCCUGUGCUACUGUGAGUCUUGCCGGAAGCUGCGAGGAGACGAGGCCCACAGGCGCAGAGGGGAGCCUCCCCGGGAAUACGCACUGCCCUUUGGCUGGUGCAGGUUCAACCUCAGGAAAAACCAGGAAGUGCCAGGAGCUUCCUGUCUAAGGAAGAGCCUCGUGAAGCUCCUCCACUGGGGAGUCAGUGGCCUUCGUUCUAUCUGCCCCGCUUGUCCACCUCCUAGAGUGAAUCCCCGCCUGGAGGCUGGGACACUAACCAAGAAGUGGCACAUGGCAUAUCAUGGGAGCAAUGUUGCCGCUGUACGGAGAGUGCUGGACCGAGGGGAGCUGGGAGCAGGUACUGCCUCCAUCCUAAGCUGCCGUCCUUUGAAGGGAGAACCUGGGGUAGGGUUCGAGGAGCCUGGCGAGAACUGUGCACCUCCUCGGGAGGAGCAGCCCCCUCCUGUGCUGCUUUCCCCCUCCCUUCAAUAUGCUGGGGCGGAGACCCUGGCCUCCAAAGUGCAAUUCCGGGACCCCAAAUCCCAGCGGACGCACCAGGCUCAGGUGGCGUUCCAGGUGUGUGUGCGCCCUGGCUCCUACACCCCGGGACCCCCUUCCGCUGCCCUUGGAGAACCUCCUGACCCUCACUUCAGUCCAGCCGAACUUGAGUGGGUCACUAAGGAGAAGGGGGCCACACUCCUCUGUGCCCUGCUGGUACGGGUGGAAUGAGGGGUGAGACACCACUACUACAAGCACAGUCGGGCCGCGGGCCCAUGGACUCUGAGUGGCGACUGCCUCCACCUCAUUCCCGUGACUCGUGGCAUGCGCAGGUGCUGGAGCUUGGCAGCCGCGCAGGAGCAUGUAGGCAGGCUCUCAGAUGUAGGUGGCAAGUGGCACAGCUCCAUGUCCGGAGGCCCAGCACUCCGUCUGAUGGGAGGAGCCGUGGGAGCCCAGCUCCAGGCCCUGGUACCCCUCUUCAUGCACUGAUUUGGGGAACAUGACUCCCUUGUACUCCCCUACCCCACAUCACUUAAUUUAUUUCCGUUUUUGUUUCUGGUUACUGUGAAUCCCAGAGGAGUCUCUCCCUGUGCCCACAUGAAGCUGCUUUUUCCGGGGCCACCGGGCGGGAGUGGGGAAGGAUGGGCGCACGGAAGAUGGGGGCCUCUGUACAGUUGUUACUGACUCUGAUUUCUAAGGAGCCAAUAAACACCGUCUCAGAGCCUC